AUGCGGCAUUCCAGGCAAACUAAUUACCCUGACUGGGAUAAAAAAGAAAGUCCGGAUCGCAGAAGAUGCGAGAGUGCUACUAAGAGAAAGAGGAAGUCCCCAGGCGGUGCGCAGGAGAACAAGCACUGCAAACGUGAUCUUUCUAAACUUCCUGACAGUACCUGUUCAGAAACCAAAUGUGUAAAUGAGAGAGACCACCACGAGCGACGCUAUGUUGAAGAAUACAGAAAUGAGUACAAUCAAGGAUGUGAUGCUGGGCAUCACAGUAGCAAAUCGUCGGGUCAUAGUGGGACAAGUAGUUACAAAAGGAAAUACAAGACACAUCAAACUACCUGUCAUCAUCAUCAUCAUCAUCAUUCACAGAAGAGUCAUCGAAGGAAAAGAUCCAGGAGUGUAGAGGAUGAUGAGGAGGGUCACCUGAUCUGUCAGAGUGGAGACGUACUAAGUGCAAGAUAUGAGAUUGUUGCUACUUUGGGCGAAGGUGCUUUUGGAAAAGUAGUGGAAUGCAUCGAUCAUAAAGCGGCAGACAGACAUGUAGCUGUGAAAAUAGUCAAAAAUGUUGAUAGGUACUCAGAAGCAGCUCAUGCAGAAAUCCAAGUACUGGAACAUUUAAAUGCGUCGGAUCCCAACAAUACGUAUCGCUGUGUCCAGAUGUUAGAGUGGUUUGAGUACCAUGGACACGUCUGCAUUGUUUUCGAGCUACUGGGGCUCAGCACCUAUGACUUUAUUAAAGAGAAUGGCUUUCUGCCGUUUAGGCUGGACCACAUUAGACAGAUGGCCUAUCAGAUCUGCAAAUCUGUGAACUUUUUGCAUAUGAACAAGUUGACACAUACAGAUCUGAAACCGGAAAAUAUUUUGUUUGUGACGUCUGACUAUGUAGAAGAGUAUAACCCCAAACUGAAAUGCGAUGAACGCAUGUUAAAAAAUCCGGACAUCAAAGUCGUGGACUUUGGGAGCGCGACGUAUGACGACGAGUAUCAUAGCACUUUGGUGUCUACAAGGCAUUACCGAGCUCCUGAAGUUAUCCUAGCGCUGGGAUGGUCACAGCCGUGUGAUGUCUGGAGCAUAGGCUGUAUUCUCAUAGAAUACUACCUCGGAUUCACAGUAUUUCCGACCCACGACAGCAAAGAACACCUGGCAAUGAUGGAGCGAAUACUGGGGCCUUUGCCAAAUCACAUGAUAAAGAAGACCCGGAAACGCAAAUAUUUCCGUCACGACAGGCUGGAUUGGGACGAACACAGUUCUGCUGGUAGAUACGUCUCAAGGCGCUGUAAGCCACUGAAGGAAUUCAUGACCUGCCACAAUUCUGACCACGAGAACCUCUUUGACCUCAUUCAAAAGAUGCUGGAGUAUGACCCGGCCAAGCGCAUUACUCUGGAAGAAGCACUGAAGCAUCCUUUCUUCUUCCCAUUGAAACGGCAAAAAAGGGGGCUGUCUCCUAUAGCUGAGCAGGCUGACGCAGAUGUCAGUCCACCAAAGAAACAUAAGAAAUGUUAA